CGCCGCGCGACUCUCGGUCAGCAUCCUCGCGUCUCUCCAGCGCCAGCUAUAUAGCCGGUUCACCCCGCGGACACCACAGUCCAGAGCCAUGCGCCUCCCCCUAAACGCGAUAGCUGACGCUCGCCGAAACGCGACAUUUACGCACAUCCCCAUCGCAAUUUUGCACUUUAUACUGUACACUCACAUCUUCGAAUAAUUGACUAUCAGUGAAAACGACUAGUGGUAGUGAGAGACUGCAAGAUGAAGGGGCGGAGCGAGGAGUUCGCGCCCCAGCCCGAGCUGCAGGAGCUGCUGCAGAAGCCAGGCAGCCUGCCGCUGCUGUCCGAUCGGAAACGCGCGACAAUAAUCCCGACCGGGACAGCGAGCAAAGAAAAAUGCGUAGAAGAGACCGACGUCGUCUCGCAGGCCAUCGGCAACUAUGGCCGCUGGCAGCUGCUGAUGACGUUCCUGCUGUCGCUAUUCUCAUUCCCCUGCACGUUUCAUAUAUACCUGCCGACUUUCACGGCGAGAGAAACCAAAUACUGGUGCCGGAUGCCUGGAAACUUGACAGGGCUACCGAUAGAAAACUGGAUCAAUUACAGCCAGCCCAAUAACAAUUACUGCCAAGUUCGGGACAUUCCUGCCGGUAUCACGGUGCAAAGCAUACUGAAUGGCACCGCACCAUUGCUGGACACAUUCCAGAAAUGCCAGGAAUGGGACUUCGAUCGGUCCGAGGUGGGAGACACCAUCAUAUCCGAGUGGAACUUGGUUUGCGACAGAGCAGGGCUGACCAGUUUGGCUGAAGUUGUGUUUUUAGUCGGUGUGGGUAUCGGUGGAGUAGUAGGCGGCUGGAUUUCUGACAGGUUCGGUCGCAAGCGUAUCCUGAUGGGCAUGAUGAUAGCGCAAAGCAUUCUCGCUAUCCUGUCGCUCCUCGUCCGGUCUUACCUCCAAUACGUGAUCGUGCGGCUCGUUAUGGGUCUGGUGUCAGUGUCUGUGGUGUACGCCGCCUUCGUGUUAUCUGUGGAGCUGGUGGGGGGGAAGUGGGUGACCAUCGCGGGCGUGUGCAACUUCUUCCCGCUGCCGCUGGCGUACAUUAUCGUGACGCUGCUCUCCUAUGUGCUGCCCAACUGGAGGACUUUGCAGCUCUCGCUGUCGCUGCCGGGAUGCUUGUUGAUGAUUUUGUGGUUUGUCUUGCCUGAAUCACCAAGAUGGUUAUUAAGUAUGGGCCGUACUCAGGAAGCCAAAGCAAUUUUACAAAAAGCAGCAAAAUUCAACAAAAGCGAACUACCAGCCGAUCUAGACAAACUGUUGAUUAUACAUAGAGCAGAGAACCCCGAGGAAGAGCCAAGCGUGCUUAUGCUGUUUUCAGGGUACCUACUGAAAAGAACGAUAUGCCUGUUUCUAUCGUGGUUCUCGAUGACUAUCGCGUAUUACGGCCUGUUGCUGAACAUUGGCAAUUUCCAGUUGGGCGAUCUUCAUAUGACGUCUAUCAUACUGGCUGUGGUUGAAAUCCCUGCUAUAGCUAUGAGUAUACCUAUUCUGUUAAAAGCAGGAAGACGAGCUCCGAUAUUCAUUACCAUGCUGGUGUGUGGCCUGGCGUGUGUCGCCAGCGAGUUAUGCUCGAUGUCAGCAUCGGAGGAGAAAUGGGUGGUGAUACUUUGCCUCAUGAUAGGGAAGUUUGCGAUUGGCGCGACCAACAUGAUGCUGCCGAUUUUCACCGCCGAGUUGUAUCCUACUGUGAUAAGAAACUUGGGGGUAGGAGCUAGCCAGAUUGCUGCGGGCAUAGCUCUUAUCUGCAUACCAUAUUUAUGGAAACUGAAAGCGCUGAACGAGCAUCUGCCGAUGGUGACGAUCGCAGCGCUGAGCGCGUUCGGCGGCGCCAUCGUGCUGCUGCUGCCAGACACCUCCAGCACAGACGAAAAGAGACCUAAGGACAAAAAAGCUUCGUUCGACAACGCUUCGCCGUGCAACGGUACUUUCACAGCCACGGACGAUAGAGGGCAUUAGUUACCCUCCACCAGUGAUUUGUUAACUAUAGUGUUAAAUAUAUGUUUUGUUUUAAAAACAAAAUUUAUAACAGUGAAAAAACUAAAGUGAAUAGUGAGAGUAAAAUCGAAUUUAGUACAAGUUAAGAAAAAAAGAGUUGAAUGUUUCUAAAUAAUGUGAACGAAAAUAUCGUAAAUGUAUAAAAUACUAAAUAGCGUUAUUUAAGUUAUCUAGAUGCUAUAAUUGUCAAUAAGGUUACAUUCGUUUAGAUUUUACAUUAAAUAUGUCACUGAAGAUAGUUUACCUACCUAUAGCUGUUAACUUGUUGCCAUCACGGACAAUUUUUGCCAUUAGUUAAUGUUACCGUUAAUUGGAAUUACCUGUAGGUUACCACAUACCCGAUGUGGUACGGUUAAAAUGUUACGUGAGUGAAAAGACUCGUACCUAUUGAUAGUUACUUCUUCAUAUGUAUAUUAUUUAAGCGAUCAAAAUGGCGGCGGUUAACACACACAAAUAUAAUUUUUUCACCUCACUAGCUCGGAAAGGACUUUUUUAUUCUUUAAAAACAGAUAGCAAAAUCGCAUUUUAUCCACAAGAGUGCAAAGAAUAUUUGAAAUCCGAACGUGUCAUUAGUUACU